AUGGCUGCUGAACAGCAUGCAGUGGGGUCCAGCAAGGUGCAAGAGGUCAAGAUGCUGCAAAAUGAGCACAACUGUGCACCAGCAAUACCACAAGAAUCCUAUCAAGGUUGGUGCACACUCAAGAGCUUACCUGAUGACAAAGCUAGGGAGCCAGGAGUGCCCAAAGGCACAAGGACAUGCUGGAAGAUUAAUGAAGACAUCAAGGCAAGUGAGACAAGGCUGCAGACAGGGCCUACCAGCACUAAGACAGCCAAAUCACAAGCAUACCCACUGGACAUUGAAUCACAGCCAAGGGAGGCCAGUGACAAGGGGAGCAUGCAGGAUGAGAGCAGCACAGCCAGUGUGAUGAGCAAUGAUGCUGUUGACACACUCAGAGUGGAGAUGAGGAUGCUAGCUGGGAGCAGCAUUCAGUACUAUGACAGAGACUGGACCUCUGUACUGAGAUGUCGAUGUGGAUGCAUCAAGUUCGAGGUUCUGGGGCGAGCAUCCGCUUUCAAAGGCAUCAAAAGGCUGUUUGAGGUGUUAGGCACAGUCAUGCCAAUUGCGGCAAGCAUAGAGAGCGAGACACUCAACAAAGGCCAAGGCAUCAAUGCAGAUGCAUCAAAAUGGUACCUAAAGAGGACCAUGCUGAGUCGACUUCAGGACUCCAAGGAUGCAUGGAUGGCCAAACAGUAUAUAUUUGAUUUUACCCUGUGCUGUUUCAGGGGGAGUGUUGGAGUGAAAUGA